AUGCUACAAAUCGUUCGAGAGGGUCAUCCCGAUCGUGUCCUCCUUGGCCUCCUCAAUCCAGACAUAGCGCUCGAUUUCAUUUCCACCUCCACCGACGAGGACUUCGCAGAUGCACUCUGCUCUCUAGAUCCGGAAUACUUCAUUGUGCCUUUUCGCGACCUACAUUACCAUUUAUCACCUACUCUAGAGACUCGGCCGCAGUUUCGAUACGUAAAGUCGUUCGAAGAACGAACUACCACCUUCAUCAACAUCCUCAACAAGUUGACGGAGGAGCGCAUAAAUGCUGUCCGCGCCAUACCCUUGCGAGUUCAUUGCCAUCUCCUAAAAUGCCACGCCGCUUGUGGCAGGGCAGAUCUAGCAAAGCACGUCUUCUACAAAUCUAUGCCCGAGGAUCAACUUAUGCCUGAUCGUGCUUGUUACAAUUAUCUCAUGGAAGCUCUGACCUGGAACAAUGCAUAUAGUGGGCGCGAAAGAUAUAAACUCCGUGUGACUGGGGACCGACUGGCAUUCCGCUCGUAUGACGACAGACCUCUCAAUUUAGCUGGCCAUGGUGUCGCUUCUCCGUCUAACCCAGAGAACAAGGAUUCCAUUAGAAUUCAAGUCCUCAAAAUUUUUAACGACCUUGUGCGCCAGGGAAUCUCCGGCGAUGAAGCGACAUUCUGCCAUCUGAUGAUUGCUAUGGGCCGGGAGGGUGACAUGGAGGGUGUGAAGAGUAUCCUGAAAUCUGUAUGGAACAUCGACAUUGAUGGUCUCAACGCCUAUGACGAGGAGGAGCUCGAAAGUCCCACAUUCUAUGUUGAAAACUCGAUACUUCGACCUUCAGAACGCCUGCUCUUUACCAUUGCUCAUAUCUUCGGAAGCAAUAACCAAAUUGAUACUGCGUCAACGCUGCUCGACUAUGUAUCACGGCAUUACAACAUGGAGAUCUCUAGCAAAGUUUGGAAUCACCUGUUAGGAUGGGCAUAUUCCCUCUUCAGUCAAGGGCGUCCCUGGCAACGGAGGAGAGGGCUCAAUAUCGGGCGUCCUUCUGCUGCUGCUGUCGAAUCCCUUUUUGCCGUGCUACAAGGGGAGCCCUACAAUAUUCAAUUUGGCAUCGUCCCUCUACAUUAUCGAAUUCGAGUCCGACUGGCAAAGCGUGUGCUUGACCCACUACUUAGCGAUGUGCGAGACUGUCUAAGACAAUUAGACGAUGACAGACUGCAACUUUCUACGCUGUACGAUAAAUUGCGUGUUCUCGUGCUGGACAAUUAUGGAGACACCCACCAAGGUGACCUGGCCACCGUUGGUUUCCUAAAUCUGAGGAGAGAGUUCAUUCUCACAGCUUUACGUACGGAGGCCCAUCUGCAGAUGAUGAUUGUCAACCUUCGGAAUAUGUUCAAGGAAAACCACUUCGCUGGAGGUGGCAAAGAAGUCGAGUACUCGUGGCGACGUCUACCCAAACUAAUCCUCGAGUUUCCCGACUUUUUGCCCAACAUUGUCCCAUACUAUACACCCACUGGUCACGUUAUGCUGAUCCUUAAGGAAACGCGCAAGCAAGCGAUAUUGGAGACAAACACGUGGCAGAUGACAAGAACUUCGAGUUUGCGAAACAUGCUGGAUACGUUUAGCCCUUUCAAGCUAAUGCAUGCCACGUGGGUGCUUAGCGAGGGGAGCAAUGAACUGAUUUGCAGGUAUUUUGAUUCGCUGAACGAUCCUAGUGCUGAGAAUGUGACGGUGGACUGGGUUGCGAAGGAUGAGUUCAACACCCGAAAGUGGAGGCUGAAUGAACCUUCUUAUCGAGACCCCUACCCGCCUUCAGCUGACCGGCCUGAGAGCGGUUGGUCCCCAUGGCCAGGUCCCCCUCCGCCAAGGGGAAGUCAAAUUCGGUACUGA